AAAAAGUGCUGUUCUUUGCAUUUUUUACCUGAGUUAUCCUAACCGUUUCAACACCGCUGGAAUUAGUGGAAUAAAUGCUAUCUUUUGGUUCUUGUGGGGGCUGGGUUGCUCCCGUUGAGAAACACUAACCCUGAUGCCUGUGUUCCUGGAUUUCAAGAUUUACUACAGUGCGAGUGCUGAGCUCAGAGCGUUGGUGGAGCCAUGGGGGUGGCGCUGACCCGGUCAGCCCAGUGGAUGGCAGCUGGAUGUGGCACGGAAACCCUGGAAAUUACCCCUCUAAAUGAAGCGAUUUUAAAUGAAAUUAUUGUGUUUGUGGAGAGUUUUAUCUAUAAACAUCCCCAAGAGGCAAAAUUUGUUUUCGUAGAACCACUUGAAUGGAAAACAAGUCUGGACCCCUCUGCAUUUGAAUCAGGUUAUGUUGUCAGUGAAACGACAGUCAGAUCAGAAGAAGCUGACAAGAAUGGAGAGCCUCUGCUCUUUCUCUCUGUCCCUCAGAUUAAAAUUAGGAGCUUUGGGCAGCUUUCACACUUCUUGUAUAUUGCCAGGGACACAAAGCUGAAGGAGGCACAAGCAUGUCUUGAAGCUAAUAGAGAUCCUGUAGUAAAAAUUCUGGGCUCAGACUAUAGUACAAAGAAAGGAGAAGACUCAUCUGCAUUAAAUAUCCUUGAUAAAAUUACCAAAGAUGAUGAUCCUGAAAGUGAGUUUAAGAUGAGCCUUGCCACGCUGAUUCAGCAACUGGAUUUGCACCUCCUCAAUCAUUCACUGAAACAUAUUUCCUUAGAAAUACAUUUAAAUCCAUCGACAGUUAAGAAUGAUAUAGAGCUGCUCAAACGUUUCUCAGGAAAAGGAGAACACACAGUACUGGAAUCUAUCGAAUAUACCUCUGAUUAUGAAUUUUCAAAUGGGUGUCGAGCCCCACCAUGGAGACAAAUGCACGGGGAAGUGUGUUAUGUGACGGUGAAGCCGCAUGAUGCUGACAAGUUGUGUGUCACUUGCAGCACCGAGGGAGUGUUUUUAAAUGGUGGUAAAGCAGAGGAUAAGGGGGAGAUUAAUUAUGAGAGAAAAAGUGAAAUUUAUCAAGACCUUGUCACAUUUUUAAAAGACAAAUCUGCAACGUUUUCAGAAAAUAUGGCUAAGCAGGAGAAUAAAUUCAAUGAAGAAAAACAAAAGGAAGAGAAGGAGCCUGAGGAGGCACCUCCCAAGGAAGGAGCAGCUGCCAUUGGUAAAGCUGUCGCUGGUUCAGGAAAGAAUACACUCGAGAAGAACCAAUACACUUUGGGGAAGAACCAAAUUGGCAAGAGAUUAGAGCCAAGUUUGAAUUGGAAGACCAAUGUUGGUUACAAAGACAACAGAUCCUCAUUAAAAGACACCCAAGAGGACAAAUAUGGAUCAAGAUUUGAAAAGCCAAGAUCACCUGUUUCAUAUGGACGAGGCCAGAAGUCCCCAUUAAAAGACACCCAAGAGGAAAAACAUGGAUCAAAACUUGAAAAGAAAAGACUGUCUGUUUCAUAUGGACGAACACCGGCACUUCGGAAGGGGCCUGACAAGAUUGAGGAUAUUGUCAGUGAGAGCUCCUCAGAGAGCGAAGAAGAUGAGGAGCCGCCUGAUCAUCGCCAGGAAGCAAAUGCUGAUUUGCCGUCAGAAUAUUGGCAAAUUCAGAAGCUGGUGAAAUACUUAAAGGGAGGAAAUCAGACGGCUACGGUGAUUGCAUUGUGUUCAAUGAAGGAUUUCAACUUAGCUCAAGACACCUGCCAGCUGGCAAUCAGGGAUGUUGGAGGCCUUGAAGUUUUAAUAAAUUUACUAGACACAGAUGAAGUCAAGUGUAAGAUUGGAUCCUUAAAAAUCCUGAAGGAAAUCAGUCAUAAUCCUCAAAUCAGACGGAAUAUUGUUGACCUUGGGGGCUUACCAAUUUUGGUUAAGAUACUUGAUUCUUCAAAUAAGCAUCUGAAAUGUUUGGCAGCUGAGACAAUUGCGAAUGUUGCCAAGUUCAGAAGAGCCCGGAGGGCAGUGAGACAGCACGGGGGCAUCACCAAACUGGUUGCUCUGCUUGACUGUGCACAGAAUUCAACAGAACCUCCUCAGCCCUCUCUGUAUGAGACCAGAGACGUGGAAGUGGCUCGCUGUGGUGCCCUAGCCCUGUGGAGCUGCAGUAAAAGCUAUGCCAACAAAGAAGCCAUUCGGCUGGCUGGGGGCAUCCCCUUGUUGGCGCGCUUGCUGAAGACUUCUCACCAGAACAUGCUCAUUCCAGUGGUGGGGACAUUGCAAGAAUGCGCCUCAGAGGCAAGCUACCGGGCUGCAAUCAAAGCCGAAAGGAUCAUUGAAAAUCUUGUGAAGAACCUAAACAGUGAGAAUGAGCAGCUUCAGGAGCACUGCGCCAUGGCCAUCUACCAGUGCGCUGAGGACGAGGAGACCCGCGACCUGGUGAGGCUGCACGGGGGGCUGAAGCCACUGGCCAGUCUGCUCAAUAACACGGACAAUAAAGAACGCCUAGCCGCUGUCACGGGGGCAAUAUGGAAAUGUUCCAUCAGCAGAGAGAACGUGACCAAGUUUCGGGAAUACAAAGCCAUCGAAACCUUGUUGGAACUUCUGACUGAUCAGCCGGAAGAGGUGCUUGUGAACGUGGUUGGUGCGCUGGGAGAGUGCUGCCAAGAACAUGAAAACCGCGUCAUUGUCCGGAAGUGUGGCGGCAUCCAACCACUCGUGAACCUCCUCGUUGGAAUAAACCAAGCCCUUCUUGUGAAUGUCACAAAAGCAGUUGGAGCUUGUGCAGUAGAACCUGAAAGUAUGAUGAUAAUCGAUCGCUUAGACGGCGUCCGUUUGCUGUGGUCGUUGCUGAAGAACCCGCACCCGGACGUGAAGGCGAGCGCGGCCUGGGCGCUGUGCCCCUGCAUUGAAAACGCUAAGGAUGCUGGAGAGAUGGUUCGUUCCUUUGUUGGUGGUUUGGAACUUGUUGUCAAUUUACUGAAAUCAGAUAACAAAGAAGUUCUGGCGAGUAUAUGUGCUGCUAUUACCAAUAUCGCAAAAGAUCAAGAAAAUUUAGCUGUUAUUACAGAUCAUGGAGUUGUCCCUUUAUUGUCCAAACUAGCAAAUACAAAUAACGAUAAAUUGAGGCGCCAUUUGGCAGAAGCGAUUUCGCAUUGCUGUAUGUGGGGCAGAAAUAAAGUGGCCUUCGGCGAGCACAAGGCAGUGGCUCCAUUAGUGCGUUACCUGAAAUCAAACGACACCAACGUGCACCGUGCGACAGCCCAGGCCUUGUACCAGCUGUCAGAAGAAGCGGACAACUGCAUCACCAUGCACGAGAACGGAGCCGUGAAGCUUCUGCUGGAUAUGGUUGGGUCUCCAGAUCAGGAUCUCCAGGAAGCUGCAGCUGGUUGUAUAUCCAACAUCCGCCGGCUGGCUCUUGCUACAGAAAAGGCGAGAUACACUUGAAAUGCGAACAGAAGUCACAAGCUACCAAAAUUUUGCACGAUACAGGACGCGACACUCCUGUGGCCAGGAAGCCUAAAUCGGGGAAUGUUUAUUAGCAAGUCCUUUAAAAUUUAAAAAUGUAAAGGGUGUUUUUCAUUCCAAAAAAAAAUUGCAUAAAUGCCUUUGGUUUAUUUAAUGUUUGGUUUGGGGACUGUGCCAUGGAAGGAAACGUAAGCCAAUAAAUGCCUGAUAGUUGUCUGGGAA